AUGAAUCGAGGUAACAUGACGUACUUUGGGUCUCUCAAAUACUACCCUGAGAAAUCCGAAUCACAGAAUCCUGCCACAUAUGAGGCUCUACACGGCCGAUUCAAGAUGGCAAAGCAAAGUGUCCACAGGGAAUCGCCGGGAAAGCAUAAGCGGUUCAAACUUCAUGGGAAACUACGCUGCUGGGCAUUCUUUAAGGAUGAUCCGUUCCUAGUCCGCGCCAGUGAUGUGGGAAAGAUCGACAGCAUGAUGGGCACUAAGAAUAAUUUCGAAGAGAUUUGUGCAGAGAGUACCGCAAUAUCUAGUCCAAAUGGUCGAAGAGGACAUGGCCCUAGAAGUGGCCGCAGCAAAAGCCCAUGA